GACAGACACUACCACAUCUCAACAUGUACAAGCUGGUGAUCUUCGCCCUCCUCGUAGCCGUCGCUUCGGCCGGUAUAAUUGGCGCUCCCGCCAUCGCAACCAUUCCUGCAGCCGCCCCCAUUGCGACUUAUGCUGCCACCCCAUAUUUGCGCACCGCUCCCAUCUUGGCUGCCCCAGCUCUAGCACCCGCACCCUUGGCAGUCGCCGCGCCUCUGUCACUAGGCGCCCCAUUUGCUUACGGAGCCCGUGCCAUCAUCCACUAAACAAAACUGAA